GGUCCAUUGGUCUGCAGCUAUGGCGGCGCCGGCGAACCGCAGUGUGGUGUUUGUGACGGGCAACAGCAAGAAACUGGAAGAGGUGGUUCAGAUCUUAGGAAGCAAGUUCCCGUACACGUUGGUGCCAAGGAAGAUUGACUUGCCAGAGUACCAGGGGGAGCCGGAUGAGAUCUCCAUUCAGAAGUGCCAGGAGGCAGCGCGACAGGUGGAUGGGCCCGUCAUCGUCGAGGAUACCUGCCUGUGCUUCAACGCUUUGGGGGGGCUGCCCGGCCCCUACAUCAAGUGGUUUUUGGACAAACUGAAACCCGAAGGUCUCUACAAGCUGCUGGCCGGCUUUGAGGACAAGAGCGCCUUGGCACUUUGCACGUUUGCCUACAGCUCAGGAAGGGCAGCGCCAGUGCUACUCUUUAGGGGAGUGACUGAGGGCCGCAUCGUGGAGCCUCGUGGGCCGCGGGACUUCGGCUGGGACCCCUGCUUCCUGCCAGAUGGAUUUGAGCAGACGUACGCCGAGAUGCCCAAAGAGCAGAAGAACCAGAUCUCUCACAGGUACAGAGCCCUAAAGGCCAUGGCCGAGCACUUUGGUGCCACAGAGGUCUGACCACCUAAUAAACGGCUUGAAGCUUCA